CAUAUUUACCUCUAGGUUCUAGCUACAAAGCUUGCUCAGCAACAAUGGCUGCAGGUGGGGCUUCUCUUCUUGCUUUUGCUGUUCUUUCCAUGCUGGUCAUGUCUUCCCUGGGGGGCCCUAGGCCUUUAUGCAGCGACUGCGAGACGCUGUGCCGUACGAACUGCAAUGCAGAGGUUGAAACCAUCUGCGGCAGUACCUGCGACUACAACAACAGCGGUCAGGCCGACUGCCGGCGUCAGCUCCUCAAGAGGUGCACCACAGAAGGUACCUGCUGCAGUAGCAACGGCACAUGCACUUAUGAUUGGAACACUGUAGCUCAAAACGGUUGCUUCGGGGUCAGCGACGGCUACACACGUUGCGGUUCAUGCAAGCGUGGCAGGUUCGAGCAGUGCUAUCCCACGUGCAAGAACGACUGCAACAACAACUGCAAGAAGAAGAAAGGGUGCCACGUAUAGGAAAACCACAUGUAAUCGGGGUCGGGUGCCCUGCAUAGGAAAUAACAUGGCUCCUUGCUGUCGUGUGUAGAUUUCUUUAAACGCCACGACCUGGUUUUGUGGGAUGA